CUCAAGCGCAGGAGCAGGACGCAAGCGCGCCGGCCGCGCGGGACGACAAUUCGACCGCUGCUCGACAACCUGCUGGUACAGCCUUUGAGCAGCAUUAUGCAGGUCGUGAAGCACCGGCUGCGGAGUCGCAAAAGACGUCGAAGCAGAACUUUCUGCAGGUCUCCGGCGCGGCCGGUCAACAUGUGGACAGGGUGAGGACUGUAUGAGAUGUUGACUGCACAACUUGAACUUCUCCUUCCCCUCAUUUAUAUAUACAAAAUUAAGGGAUCGGAUUUUUUCGGAACUACCUAAACUGACAACGGAACCGACAUUCACCAUACCGUGGCGAUUCGCCUUCUUGUUCGUUUCGUUUGCUUUUUUGUUUUUUGUUUUCUCGUCUUUCGUUUUCUUCUUCUUUUUCUAUUUCUUAUUCUUUCUCGAUCUAAAAUAGAUAUAGAUCUUGUUUUCUCUUUUCUCUCUCUCUUCCUAGGGGGGACAAAAAUUGCGGGAUUUGCGCACGUUCAAUGGCCGCAGCCCCGCCGACCGUUCGUUCUUGUCUGUCUCCCCACCUGUGUGCCCCGCCGGUCAGCCAAAUGGUCUUUCGUUUCCAUUGUCCUGCCUGUGAGGCAGCGUCCCAAGUCGCGCCCAGCGAAAGACGAAAGGCGGAGCACACCAAGGCUCCCGGCUUGUCCUGGCUGUUUUUCCUCGUGCCUGGGGUUUUUGGUAAUUCAUUGACGGGCAUUUGCAGAGGCCGCGCAACCGCCUCCACAAUGUGGAGGUGGCUGCGCGGCCUCGGCAAAGAAAAUUUUUGGCCGAUAUUGUUACACGAUCAGGGGGGUAAAACGAUCAACCGCCCUCACCGGGUAGUCCGAUCGUGUGGGAGUCUUGAAAUCGGUUGGCUCUGGGUUGUUCUAGGCCAUGAAGCGCCGGCCCUUAUGUGUGGGGCGCUUUGGUACCGCUUUCGAUCAUCCUCCCCCUGCCCCUAUCGUUUCCCUUUCAUGUGGAUAGGAGUUGAGCACUUGCCGAGCUGGGUGCUGGUUCUGUCCCAACAAAAGUUGAGGCAAUUUCCGUGAAGUUUCUGAGGGAUCAGAUCGCCCGGCCCCAUCCGAGUGAAAGCGAAGCCGUUGGCGGUGGCGCCCAGACUAGUUCUUCUGCUCUCUGUCUAAUGACAGAAUGCGCACCCAUUGCAAGCAUUUGCAUUUCCGUCUCUAGGAGACCAGGCAAAGAGCGUGAAUUCCAACGAACCAAAAGCCGGCGCCCUUGCUCUGUGAGUGUCUCGGCUCACGCGCUUCCUUUCGCAGACAGCGUCUCUUCGUAACUAAACCGAUUCGAUCACUUUCCCACCCUCGCAAGCUCUGUCUCACCUGUGUGGGAGCCAUGCGCACAGAAGCCGUCUUUCUACUUCUAGGCGCUAGCCGGAGCUUCCCUGGGUGUUCUGUGUUUCCAUUUCAACACCUAUUUACUGCUUCGGGUUCCGUUUUCAGUCUGGGCCCUUUUUUUUAAAAAAACACGAGAACAUGCGGGGAAGGAUCCAAGGGUCGCGAAAAAGUUCCGUUGUCAGUUUAGACAGUUCCAAAAAAAGCCAUAUGUAUCCCAAAAUUAAUACCAAAGCGAUAGCGACGUCCACAUCCUGCCUUUACCUUUAGGCACUGUCUGCAUGCCAAAUUUUGGAACAACGUCAAGCAGUACUACAAUCUGUGUCCAGGAGGUUUGUCAUGCGGUGGAACGACCCACAUCAUAUUUGCGGGUGCUUGUGUUGCUGAUGCUGUUCAUCAUGCCAUACAAUUGAGGGGGAGGGGAAGGUGUUCUGCACUCUGAUAGACUACUGGCACCGAUAGCACGCGCGAUCGCCUCCGCAGAGGACAGCGUGAGUCGUCUGAAACGUCAGAGGUGGGAGACGAAGACGAGGACACCACAGGUUAUACAAGUAAUCCACCACCACCAAUCCUCGGAGAGGACGAGAGAAGAACAAGCAGAUAUCAAAAACGAGAGCAUUGCGAGAAUGAUCUGCUUUGCAGGACGGAAUGGGAAUACAUCACAUCGACUCCACUGGGCUCCUCGUCGUUGCCUUCUCGUACUAACGCUGAAGAGAACAUUGAAAACGCUCCCAAUGGUGGUGUUCGUGGUGGUGGUGCACUCGACGUCCAACAAGCAGUGGCGCCGCGCAAGGACGAAACUACCGGAAAAAAGUCGUCAAGCGUUGGCUGUUACAACGACGUCGCAGUAGAUGAUGUUGUUGUUGAAACGGACCCCCAUGAUGACGACCCGCUGGUGCCUGUGCUUUCCAUUUAUGAGCUGCAAAAGUAUCGUACUAGUAUAAAUUGCAUUACAAAUUUUCUCAGCAUUACAAAUGGCAUUUGUAAUGCGGAUUUGCCUUCAGAAAAAGACUUGUAAUGCAUAAAAGCAAUUAGAAGUACGAGUACGAUACUUUGCACAGGAUACCAUUCCGUUACCGACAACGGCCUCGGGAAGCAACAUUCUAGUAGCGCAGCCGGACGUAUCCUGAGUAGAAGCGUCCCCACUCCAUAGUUGUCAUGCAGAUAUGCAGUCACAGGAAGAUUUGUAAUGCGCAUCCCCAUGAGAGGCAUUUCCAGUCGUGUUUUGGACGUUGGAAUGCUGUAAACAGGAUUUGUGUUGCGGCUGUACUUGCUAAACUGCACCACAGUACAGAGUCGAACUUGUCAUGCUUGACUCCCAAAACUUCUCGAUUUGUGUUGCGAGAUGUCGCCCAUCUUGACUCUGGGGUGGGGACGUUUUUCCACAGGAUAGGACGAUCUUGGUCUUCGUGUGGAAAAACAAGACUACCACAAGAAGUCUGGCCGCGGUCUUCUUUCCCCAACUGGCUUGCACCACGGGUCGUACCACGAGGAAAAGAGACGGCAGGAUUCUGAACUACACGAUGAGAAAAUAAACCUUCACGACGAACCAACGGGCUCUAUUAACAACUCUUGUACCCCGGCCGCGGCGGGGCGCAAGACUCCGGAGAAGAAAGGCGUCAGCACACCUGCCUCUAGUGUCAGCAGCUGUGUGGGCGGGACAAAAAAUAAUAAGAAGAACGGCGUGGAGUCGGAACCAACUACAGCCAAGGACAAAUCUAAAUCAAGGAAUUCAAACAAGCCUAGUAUCCCUAUUGCUGUAGCACCAGAUCCCGCACCGGCACCUUUUCUUGGCGAGAGAUCGAUCUUUUUCCAGAACCAGAAGCUGCACUAUGACUCGGAGGAAGAGUUCGAGGAAAAAUUUGUGCCGACGCGCAACGUAUCAAAUACAAAUGCAACUAUGUCUGGGUCUGGAAGAAGGAAGCCUCUCAUGCAAAAUCUGAAUCACGAAAAAAUCUGUGCUGCAUGAACGCCAAUGGUUCUUACCCGAUUCUCGCUCGGUAGAAGGCGAAUUCCUCAUGCGGAAUAGGCGUGAGAGAGGCCUCAAAAAAUCUGUGAUGGUUCUGUGUGCAUUACAGGCCAUGAGUGUGUCCGCGAGGUGCAUGACAAAUUCUGCAACUUUCCAGACCCAGACAUGUUUGCACUUGAUGCAACGAGCUGUUGUCCAAACCUCUGUUCGAACUGGCAACCAGUGCCCCGUAUGCAUUGCAAACGUGUGUGGGUCUGGAAGAAUGCAACUUGUGAUGCUGGAUUUGGAUUCUACAAUAAAUCUGUAUUGCAUGAACAGCAAAAGAGGUUCAGUUUUUGCCACGGCGAGAGGGCAUUUCUCAUACAGUAUAGGCAUCAGGAAGCCCUCGCAAUGUUUGUGAUGCUAGGGAAAGCAUCACAGACACCAGGAGCCAUGCAAAAUGUGCAUGACAUUCAGACCCAGACAUUUUUGCAUUUGAUACGCCACUGACUACGCUGCAGUCCGAGGAGUUACGAAAAAAGUUUGGCAAGAACGAGGUGGAAAUCGAGAUUCCCCGGUUCUGGCAGUUCUAUUCACUGCAAAAGUAUCGUACCCGUACUAAUUGCAGACAUGCAUGACAAAUAAUCUUUCUUACUUAAAACAGCAUUACAAAUUUCAUCUGUCAUGCUAAGGAAAUUUGUAAUGCAAUCUAUACUAGUACGAUGCUUUUGCACUUCAUAAGUGUUUCCAAGUGCAAAUGACCGACGUGCUGAACAUUUGGCUGCUGUUCCGUGUCCUGCAGUCCAGCUUCCACUUUCGGUUCGCCAUCGCGAUUCUGCCCUUCUGUCUGAACCUGGUGCAAAUGUGCUACAUCGCCUACUGCGAGAAAAAAUCAAUGGAGGAACUCAAAAUUGCCGCGCAGAUCCCGCAGAUCGAAGACCUCCGGGUUUUGCGGGCGGACGAGGCGGCUAUCAAGAAAAAAGUGGAACAGGACCACAUUUUGGCCCGGACCUUGUUCCGAUUAUGAGAGCCGAGCGCACAACUCGCAUUUGUAUCCCUCAUUUGUGUGGCAUGAACAGCAACACAAACACCAGCACACGUGGAGCCCGAGCAUGACACGUUCGUGGUCCUGCGACGAGUGUAAGCAGUACUGUUUGGACUUGUUCCAUAAAAAUUUGUCAUGCAAUCAGCGCUAGUACAUGGCAGCCGCUGGAUUUGGGAUUUUGCAUGACAAACGAGGCGGAGGCCGACGGGGGGUUGUGCAUUGUCAUACCGAACCGGGUCGGACGAGGAAGAAACGCGGCGGAAUACCAUCAUCAACGCCUUGGGUAAUAGUACCAGGAGGGGGCAUAUGCAUUGCAAAAGUAUCGUACUCGUAUAAAUGCAUUACAAAUUUUCUCAGCGUGAGAAAUAAAAUUUGUAAUGCGGAUUUACCUUAAGAAAAAAAUUUGUAAUGCAUGAUUGCAAUACCAGUGCGAUUCUUUUGCACAGGAUAGGGCAGAGCAGGAGUUCCUUUGCGUCCGUGCUCAGCGCCGCGGUGAAUAAAAGCCCGGAGGUUGUAUCGUGAGUAAAAACGUUCCCACCCCAGAGUUGUCAUGCAGAUGUGCGAUUACAGCAAGAUUUGUGAUGCGCAUCUCCAUGACAGGCAUUUUUUCCAAUCGUGUUUUAAAAUUUGUAAUGCUGUAAACAGGAUAAAGAAGAUGGAUUUGUUGUGAUGCGGUUGUCCUUCCUAACAUGCAGACUACACUACGGACUGCAGCUUCUCAUGCGUGGCUCCCAAAACUUCUGGAUUUGUGUUGCUAUUAAGUUCCCAACUUGACUAUGGGGUCGUGGGGACAUUUUUACAUAUGAUACGAGCUUCUCCUUCCCUAUCCCGACCACGAACUGACACUGGAUAGCCAGCUCGCCCGGGCGCAGGAGGAGGAAGAAGAUGAGGAGGAAGAAAUUCUCGACGAAAAGCUUUUGCAAAUUCUGGAGAAGCAACGGGAGCGCGCCGUUCUGAAGCAGCAAGAGGCCGAGCUGGUUGCCGCCUUUGGUUUGCAUCACAACGCGGGUCGUGCUGACAGCAGUCGGAAUACUAAAAAUCGCAAGAAGAAGAAUAGUAAAACCCCGGCGGGUGG